UUUUACCCUCCUGAAGGCAGGGAGAUGUCCUCUUGGGAUGCAUCCAUUCUGCUCUAUUAACAAAGAGGCAGGUCAGAAUUUUCUCUGAGGAGAGAGGGGCAUGGGGGCUACUUGGAGGUAUCUAUUUCAACUUUUCCUCCAUAAACUCUGGAGUGGCCCAGAUUUUCAGAGUUAGAAACUCUCGGAAGUUUGCAUAGGUUUUCGUCAGGCUGUGUACCACUUUUACUGGCACUUCAGUCCCCAAUCUGACUAGCAGGACAGCUCUAGGCUAUGCAGACUGUGGAGAGUUGAAGGACCAGUAAAUGUUUAACAGGUGGCUUUCCUGGGGGUGGCGGGGAGCCCUGAUUUCUAGUGUUUGUGGAUUUCUAUGGUGUAAAUAUCCUCACUAUGGUUGAUUUCAAGUUAUGGAGCCCCUCCCUGAAUGUUGAGCUGGGGAGAUAAGCACACGAUUGAUUUUUUAUGAACCAGGAUAAGCCAGCCUCUGCACACCACCACGUUUGGGUGUCUUACCCCUACAGACUGCCCUUUCUCUGCUCAAGGCCUUCACCAACUCCCAGGCUAGAGGAUGCUGCCCCUGCAAGGUCCCAGGUAGCAUCCAGGGCUCUAGCUGUCUGCUGCGCAAUGACCCUGGGGCAGACUUUGCAGCAGACUCCAGCAGGGCUGGAUGGCAACAGGGUCCUUCUUCCUCCCUCCGUGGCCCCAUGCCAGGCCAUCUCUCUCCCAGAGUUGUUGUGUGGUGCCUGGCAAGUUGGCAAAAUAGUUAAUGCAGUUUGAAGUGGAUGGGGGAGGGGACUGGUGUAAGCGGUUCUCUGUUCAAAUGGCAUGAGCAAUGCUGACUCUGUUUGCCUUCACCUUUGCCAAAAUUCCCCCGGAAACUGGGCUCCUGGGCUCAGUCUUGGCACCAGUUGUUCCUUGGGCUUCCAAGCUGCUUGGAACUUCUGCUGAAAACCUGCCAGCCCACCCAAAAAUGCUGUCCGCAAAGCCGACCUGUCCGUAUCCAGACGGGAAAUCAGAAAUUGUCCACACAGCUUGUACGGUCAGCCUGGGUUUCUCCAGAAGUAGGGCUGCUUGGGUAGAGGCAAGUCCAGAGCUGGAGGAGUCGGCCAUAAGGGGGGGAUUUGACUGGAAAUGACAGUCCCCCAGUCAGGGUGUAUGACACUGUUGUUCCCCCCACCCUCAACCCCAACCCCAUGUGCCUCAUUUUCCAAUGGCCACUGCAGAAAUGUGUAUUUUGUAGGAAGGAAACAUUCAUUAAGCAAUUUAGAAGGAAGAGUACUAGAGAUCCCAGAUUCACGGUGGGAAUUAUGAUGUGGGAACCGGCUACUUUUCAGACUGGUGGGAACCUACUGAAAAUUUCGAAGGGCAGUUCGCAUGGAAGGGACUGUCCUGGUUCAUCACUCUUGAGUAGAAUUCAUUUUCCAGAUUAACUACAGAGAGAACUGGUGGGGGAACUUGGGGAGCAGAGUACAUGAGCCAGAACAGGACUGGAGCUGGGGACUGGCCCCAGAGAAGGAUCAGUGCAGGGAAGGAGGAACCCCAAUAUUUGCUGAGGGCCCGGUUAGUACUAGAGGGUAGCUUUUCUCACACAUUACAAUAGUCCCGCAAGAUGUUACUUUCUCACAUUACAGAUGAGGAACUGAGGUGCUCGCUUCGGCAGCACCUAUACAAAUGAGGAACUGAGGCUCAGAGAGGUAGAUUAACUCAUCCAAAGUCACACACUGCCCACCGCCUUUCCUGGCCAAGUAACCGCAGAAAUCAUCUUCCUUGACUCAUGCAAAAUUCCACGAUGGAAACCUCGGCCCCCACAAAGAACUAUGACCUGACGACGGAAUAUGACUAUGAGGGCAUAACCCCAUGCCAGAAGGGGGAGGUGAGGGCCUUUGGAGCCCAGCUGCUGCCCCCCUUGUACUCCUUGGUGUUCAUCAUCGGCCUGGUUGGCAACAUCCUGGUGCUGCUGGUCCUCAUGCAGCACAAGAGGCUCAAGAGCAUGACCAGCAUCUACCUCCUCAACCUGGCCAUUUCCGACCUGCUCUUCCUCUUCACGUUGCCCUUCUGGAUCGACUACAAGCUGAAGGAUAACUGGAGCUUCAGUGAUGGCACCUGUAAGUUGCUCUCGGGGUUUUAUUACACGGGCUUGUACAGCGAGAUCUUUUUCAUCAUCCUGCUGACCGUGGACAGGUACCUGGCCAUCGUCCACGCCGUGUUUGCCCUGCGGGUUCGGACCGUCAUCUUUGGUCUCAUCACCAGCGGUGGCGCAUGGGCCCUGGCCCUCUUGGCCUCCGUCCCAGGCUUCUACUUCUCCAAGAUCCAGUGGGAGUUCUCCCACACCACCUGCAGCCUCCACUUCCCUCAUGAAACCCUCAAAGCCUGGAAGCAGUUCCAGGCUCUGAAACUGAACAUGUUGGGUCUGGUUUUGCCCCUGUUGGUCAUGAUCAUCUGCUACACCGAGAUCAUACGGAUUCUGCUCAAACGACCCAAUGAGAAGAAGGCCAAAGCUGUCCGUCUGAUCUUUGUCAUCAUGGUGGUCUUCUUUCUCUUCUGGACCCCCUACAACCUGGCCAUAUUGGUGUCUGCUUUCCAAGACAGCCUUUUCACCGACGAGUGCAGGCAGAGCAAACAGCUCGACCUGGCCAUCCAGGUGACGGAGGUGAUCGCCUACACGCACUGCUGCGUCAACCCCGUGAUCUACGCCUUCGUCGGGGAGCGCUUCCGCAGGUACCUACGCCAGCUGCUCUGCAGGCUGCUGUCCACGAGCUUGGUUAAAAGGCUCCCCUUCCUCUCCACAGACAGACUCGAGAGGGCCAGCUCUGUGACACCCUCCACCGCAGAGCACGAACUCUCCGCUGGGUUCUGACUCGGGGCCCUGGAAGCUGAUCCGGGACCCAGCAAAGGUGACCUGCCAGGCACGCUGACCCAAACCGAGUCAGGCUGGGACACCUGGCACAGUGUGGAAUUGCAGCCGUGUGGGGGUGAGUGAGUUUAAAGGCAGUCUAGACGAAAUCACUUCUGGGAUGACUGAGCCAUCUCCAAGAUCUCCUCCCUGGUAGAAAGGAAGUGAAUGAGCGAAAUGGGGCAUUCCAGAAGACUGGAACAAAGGGUGCCAGGGAAGAGCUUGGGCCCAAAUGGGAUUUCAUGAUUUGUGAGCAUUAACAUUUGUAAACAGAGCCACUGAGCAUCCUGGGGCCCCUGCCCCUGCCCCCACCACCAGGGAACUUGGAAGUGGGGAUUUCCUGCUGACUCCAAUCUGAGCGUUGCAGGAGCCAGCAGCCUUCUCCCUACCCUCACCUACCCCCACCCCAUGCCCCACUGCAGGUUUCAGGCUCUUAGAAACCCCGAGGAACAGAGGACUCUAUGAUGGAACAUCUCAAGCCCUUUUGGGAAAUAGGAUUGGGGAACAGCCCUCGGCAGUGGAAUGGAGAAAGCCCUUGGCCAGAAUCAUUACAUUUGCAAAAACCAAACAUUCUAGGCCCUGGGCUAGACACAGACCACAUGCAUAAUACAUUUGACUUCUUGAAAUAGCCACAGAGGGGAGGGAGUCAUUAUUUCCAUUUACCAGUUUCUUCUUUCUGAAUAUUUUCCAGAAUCUCCCUUCCUUGUAAAUUGGAUGAGGCGGGAGUACAUUCUGCUGGCUUUAUUGCAGAAACUAAUAUGGGGCAGAAGGAGACAGGGUCGAUUUCCCUGCUCCGCUUCCCGACGCGAGCCUUCUGGUUUUACCAAUCAGAGCUCCGGCUGUUACCCUGGACCCAUCCGCAGGAAAAAAUGACCUGGUGUGCGAGCCGACAGUGUCUGCGGCUGAGAGAGAAGGGGGUGAGGUGGGGACUCACCCUCACGUGGAAGGUUGAGAGGACCCUUAACUCAAAGAAAUAUAUUUCCCCUCCAUGUCCUUAACACCUGAUCUCUCACCAGGGAGACUGGUGACCAGGGACUGCCUGGUCAUGACGUCUGUCUUCCCUUUUCCCUGGGACAUGUACUUCUUUAAAAAAUCAUUUUCCAAAUAACAACAAAAAAAACCCAAACAGCUUAAAAACUCAAAGGGGGAAAAGAAAACGCCCAAAGUGCCCAAUUCUCACUACCCAAAGACAACGACUGUGCCGUCUUCUGUGUAUUCUCUGUUAGUUUGGUGUUUGCUAUCUCCUGUGUGUAUUUACGAUGAUGACAAAGACGGACUUCAACUGUACUCCUGCUGUUUUUUGUUCUUAAGUAGCAGUAUGUUGGGGUCACUUUCCCAGGUGAAUAAAUCAUAUUAAAGCA